AUGCUACCUAGAGCCAGACGCCUUGGGACCCUCACACCACCUUCUCCUAGUGCCUCUCCCUUUGCCCUUCGCGGACAAGGAGGAUUGGUCAGAGACUGGGGAGGGAAAAAGCUACGCGAAAAGAGAACUCGACGAGGGCGCCGCAUGCGACGCUGCGCCGAGCUGUGCUUCGCUUCGAUUCUGAGCAGAAACAUGGUAUCCCUGAAAGAAAGAAGGAAAAAAAAGACAAAAUGUUGUCCCAAAACCCUCCCCAACGCCAUCACCGCCCUUUUUUUCUAUUUCACUCUGCUGAAAACUGAUUAG